UAUCCCACCCAGCCCUCCUACCCUGUGCAGGCUCCGGCCAGCGCCGCCGUGUACCCACAGAGCGUGGCCCUGCCGCAGCCGCCACCCUACACGGAGGCACCUCCUGCUUACUCGGAGCUUUACCGCCCCAGCUUUGUGCCGCUGGGGGCUGCCACCGUCCCCACCAUGUCUGCAGCGUACCCGGGUGUCUUCCUGCCCAUGGCCCAGUCGGUGGCCGUGGGUCCGCUCAGCUCCUCGGUGCCCAUGGCUUACUACCCCGUGGGACCCGUUUAUCCUCCGGGCUCCACAGUCCUUGUUGAAGGUGGCUUUGAUGCUGGAGCGAGGUUUGGGGCCGGUGGAACCACCAGCAUCCCUCCUCCCCCCCCCGGCUGUCCCCCCAACGCCGCUCAGCUGGCUGUAAUGCAGGGAGCCAACAUCUUGGUGACACAACGGAAGGGCAACUUCUUCCUGGGAGGCUCAGACGGCGGCUACACUAUCUGGUGA